UUCAUAUUGAAAAGCCCUAUUUGAUGGAUAUAUAAAAGAAAAAUCUUUUGAAGUGCUGAUGACAGCAUUAUGUAAAUAGAAAAAAAAAAAUAGAAAAAAUAAAUUGUUGAUACUGUUGAGUACCAUCUGAUGUAUGAUGAACUUAAAUAUUUACACAUCUAUCAAAAUAAAAAGACGUUACAUUAAAAUCUUUGUCUAUUGAUGUAUUAUAUGUAGAAGAUAAUAAUUGAGUAGGGAGUUUGAAAUGUUAUGAAAUUACAUACUGGAUACUGAAAAUAGAGAGAGGGCAAAUUUUUUUAUAUUGGGGGUUUUAUUCAAGUAAAGAACACUUUCACUGUCAAACCAACAAGUAUUCGAGGUGGACGUUGUAAAGAAAUUUAAGUUAAACAUUUUUUAAAAAACCAUUGCCAGGUGAUGAUGGUGUAGCACAGACAUAUCUGAUGAUAUUUUAUCUCAACAAAAACUAUCCUGAGUGAAAUUAUUGAAAAUUGAGUAAGACCAAAGUGUGGAUGAAUAAAUCUAAUCAACUCUAAUUAUUCUAAUGUCAUUAUUAGUGGUAAAAAAAAAAAAUUUGCACUUAAUUUGAGAUAUUUAUAUAAUCAUCAAAGUCAUCAACGCAUUGGCAUGUAACAAUAAAAAUUAUGCGGUGAAAAAUUAUCAACAAAGAACAGAAGAACAAUUUGACACACUCAAAAAAAUACUAAGGAUAAUUAAAAAAUUGACAAAAGAAAAAAAAACAACAAAUUUAAAUGCUUAACAAGGUUGAGUAAAUAAUGAGUAUGCUGGUUGAGCCACCGUAAACUAUGGAGGUUCGAUGGAUCAAGAAAGCAUCAACCUCACACUUAGUUUAAAUUUAAUGAUUAAAAAUGAUGUGAUUACUGAUAGUGUUAAACUUUAUCAAUUAUAAAUAAAUAACACACGAGUUGAAUUGAAAAAAAAUCAUGCUAUUAAAUGCAAUUGUUGUUGCAUCAGCUCUAAAAGGAGCAAUUGGAUUAGUUGGAACAAGUAUAUGGUUAGUUCCAUUAUUGAUUGCUGGUUUAUCAUACUAUCGUUAUGAUCAAUUAGAUCCAGAAAGUCGAAUAAUUGAUCAACGUUUAUUAGAUUCAGAAUAUGAUUUUAUUGUUAUUGGUGGUGGUUCAGCUGGUGCUGUUGUAGCAAGUAGAUUAUCAGAAAUACCAAAUUGGAAUGUAUUAUUAUUAGAAGCUGGUCCAGAUGAAAAUGAAAUAACAGAUGUACCAUCAUUAGCAGCUUAUCUUCAGCUAACAAAACUUGAUUGGAAAUAUAAAAUAGAACCAACUGGUAAAUCUUGUAUGGCAAUGAAAAAUGGAAGAUGUAAUUGGCCAAGAGGUAAAGUACUUGGUGGUUCAAGUACAUUAAAUUAUAUGUUAUAUGUACGUGGUAAUAAAAAUGAUUAUGAUCAUUGGGAAUCAUUGGGAAAUCCAGGCUGGGGAUAUAAUGAAGUAUUGUAUUAUUUUAAAAAAUCAGAAGACAAUAGAAAUCCAUAUUUAAAAAAUAGUCCAUAUCAUGGUACAGGUGGUUAUUUAACUGUACAAGAAUCACCAUGGAAAACACCAUUAGUUGUGGCAUUUGUAGAAGCUGGGACUGAAUUAGGCUAUGAAAAUCGUGAUAUUAAUGGUGAAUAUCAAACGGGUUUUAUGAUUGCUCAAGGAACAAUAAGACGUGGUAGUAGAUGUUCAACAGCUAAAGCAUUUUUACGUCCAGUUAGAUUAAGAAAAAAUAUUCAUACAGCUAUGAAUGCACAUGUUACAAAAAUUCUCAUUGAGCCAAUAACAAUGAAAGCAAUUGGUGUUGAAUUUUAUCAAAAUGGAAAAAAACAUAUGAUACGUGCACGUAAAGAAGUUAUAUUAUCAGCAGGUGCUAUUAAUUCACCACAAUUAUUAAUGUUAUCUGGCAUUGGACCCAAGGAACAUCUUGAAAAUAUUGGAAUUAAAGUAUUAAAAGAUUUACCAGUUGGUAAUAAUUUACAGGAUCAUGUUGGAAUGGCUGGUUUAACAUUUUUAGUUGAUAAACCAGUAACAAUUGUACAAGAUCGUUUUCAAGCUGCACCUGUUACAAUGAAUUAUGUUGCUAAUGGAAGAGGACCAAUGACAACAUUAGGUGGUGUUGAAGGUUAUGCAUUUGUUAAUACAAAAUAUGCUAAUGAAACUGGUGAAUAUCCAGAUAUACAAUUUCACAUGGCACCAGCAUCAUUAAGCUCAGAUGCUGGUGUACAAGUUAGAAAAGUAUUAAGUCUUACUGAUGAAGUUUAUGAUACUGUAUUUCGUCCAGUAACAAAUAAAGAUGCAUGGACAAUAAUGCCAUUAUUAUUACGUCCAAAAUCAAGAGGAACAAUUAGAUUAAAAAAUUCAAAUCCAUUUAAAUAUCCAAUAAUUAAUGCAAAUUAUUUUUCUGAUCCAGAUGAUAUUAAAAUAUUAAUUGAAGGUGCUAAAAUUGCAAUUAAAACAAGUGAAGCUAAAGUAUUUAAACAAUUUGGAUCAAGAUUACAUAGAAUUAAAAUUCCAGGAUGUGAAAAUUUUAAAUUUGCAUCAGAUGCAUAUUGGGAAUGUCAUAUUAGACAUAUUACAAUGACAAUUUAUCAUCCAGUUGGUACAGCUAAAAUGGGACCACCAGAAGAUUUAGAAGCUGUUGUUGAUUCAAGAUUACGAGUUUAUGGUAUACAAGGAUUACGUGUUAUUGACGGUUCAAUAAUGCCAACUAUAUCAAGUGGUAAUACAAAUGCACCUAUAAUUAUGAUUGCAGAAAAAGGAUCAGAUAUGAUAAAAAAUGAUUGGCUUGCUGUAGAACAUCGUCAUAAUAUUAUUGUAUUAUUAAAUUUUAUAGUUGUACCAUCAAAUACUCAAAAAGUGUAUAAAAAUAUGUAUGGUGAUAGGCCUUUUGAUGUACCAUUAUCAAACAUAAUAAGCACAUCAAUUGGAGCACUUGAUUUUUUGGAAAAAGGAGGAAAAUUUAUGUCACGUGAACCACCAGAUAUAACACCAAAAAAAAAUUCUAUAUAUGAUUUUAUAAUUGUUGGAGCAGGUACAGCUGGUGCAACACUUGCUGCAAGACUAUCAGAAAUUGAAUCAUUCAAAGUUUUGUUAAUUGAAGCAGGACGAAGUGAGAAUUUAUUAAUGGAUAUUCCAGUAGUUGUUAAUAUGCUUCAAUAUAGUGAUGAUAUAAAUUGGAAAUAUUCAACAGAACCAAGUGAAAAGUAUUGUCGAGCAAUGAAUAAUAAUUCAUGUUUAUGGCCCCGAGGUAAAGUAAUGGGUGGAAGUAGUAUUUUAAAUUACAUGAUUGCAACAAGAGGACAUCCAAAUGACUAUGACAAUUGGGCAAAUAUGGGAAAUCUAGGAUGGUCAUGGAAAGAUGUUUUACCAUAUUUUAAAAAACUAGAAACCAUGGGUAUCAACAAGUUCAAUGACAACAAAGAAUUACACAAUGAUAAUGGACCAGUUCAUAUUAAUUAUCCACCAUUUCAUACACCAAUUGCAACAGCUUUUGUUGAUGCUGGUUUAGAGCUAGGAUAUAAAUAUAUUGAUUAUAAUGGUAAAGAAUUUGUGGGGUUUUCUUAUCUUCAAACAACUAUGAAAAAUGGAACUAGACAUAGUAGCAGUAGAGCAUAUCUUCAUCCGAUAAAAGACAGACCAAAUCUUACAGUUACUAAAAAUAGUUUAGUAAAACAAUUAUUAUUUGACUCAAGCAAAAAAAGAAUUAUCGGUGUAAAAUUUAGAAAAAUGAACAAAAUAUAUUAUGUAUAUGCAAAAAAAGAAGUUAUUUUAAGUGCUGGUGCUAUUGGAAGUCCACAAAUACUAAUGCUGUCUGGAAUUGGUCCAGAAAAACAUUUAAAAAAUAUGGGAAUUGAUACAAUAGUUGAUACACCAGUUGGAGAAAAUUUAAUGGAUCAUAUAGCAUAUGGUGGACUUAUAUUUAAAAUAAAUCAGCCAGUUACUCCAAUUUUUUGGGAAAUGAUAAAUAUUGCAAAUCCGUAUAUCAAAGAUUUCAUGUUGAAUCGAACAGGACCAUUAACUAUGGUUGGUGGAUGUGAGGCAAUAGCAUUUGUAGAUACUGAUAGACCAAAUGAUCACUCUGCAUAUCCAAACAUUGAAUUACUAUUUGUAUCAUCGUCUUUUGCAUCACAUGAAAUUGUUCUAGGAACUUAUGGUAUUUCUGAUGAUUUUUGGAAAAAAACUUAUAGUAAAUAUCUAGAUACAAAUACUGUAACUGUUUAUCCAAUGAUUUUAAGACCAAAAAGCAGAGGAAAAAUUUUGUUAAGAAGUAAAAAUAUCAAUGAUAAGCCUAAAAUUUAUCCAAAUUAUAUGUCAAACAAGGAAGAUGUAAAAACUUUAAUUGCUGGAAUAAGAUUGACAUUGAAAAUUAGUAAAACUACUGCUAUGAAAAAUUUUGGAACAGAAAUAAUUAAUAUUCCACUUCCUGGAUGUGAAGAAUUUGAUUAUGAUACUGAUGAAUUUUGGGAAUGUGGACUGAGAAGUCUUACAUUUAACAUUUAUCAUUAUUCAGGAACAUGUAAAAUGGGACCACAAAAUGAUCCAACUUCUGUUGUUAAUUCUAAGCUUAAAGUUUAUGGAGUUGAAGGAUUACGAGUCGUUGAUGCCAGUAUUUUUCCUUCUCUCAUGUCUGGACAUCCAAAUAUUCCAAUUUUUAUGAUUGCCGAAAAAAUAUCUGAUAUAAUAAAACAAGAAUAUCCAAACUAACAGUCAUGAGAGACACAUGAUACUCUUUCUAAAUUUGUAAUUAA